UUUUCAUCCCAUUCGCGCGAUUUUGAUUGGAUUUCUCAGGCGGGGACCCAAUUUAGGCGAAAAUGUCGUUGCUAUUUUCUCUCCAAUGCUUGUUCAAGAUCAUUCUUCCAGACUCGUGCCGCCGCUACCGAUUUUCCUCUCAACCGCCACACGCCUAGUUGCCGGAGCCCCGAUCCUCCACCGCAACUGCACGCCGUUGAGCCCUUUCUCCAGUACUGCUACGCCCUGCCGUUGAGCAGCAGAACCGGUGACUCUGCUGCCUUCCGUUUUUGUCUUCGGCCUCUUCUUAACUUCUUCACUUCCCUAACUACAGCCGUCCGUGAGCACCUCCACAUCGAACAUCUCAGCCGGCUCCUACCUUGCUCCUCUGCUCUGCUUCAACUACCUUUCUCUCCUUCCUCGCCAACAAGACAAGAUAAAUUCCUUUUAUGAUUGCUUAAUUACUCUACUCCUUUGGAUGGUCGCCCAUUUUCUCUGCUAAAUGUUCAUCUGGUAUUUGUGCAUUGUAUUAGUUCAUGCUUUUGGUAACCAAUUUUCUCUCUCGAGAAAACACAAAAAGCUUUGAGCUAUGUACAAGCUCGAGACUAGCCAACACACUAAUUUACAACGUGAGAGCAAACCGGGAUGUUGGGCUGCGCUUUGUCGACGAUGGCGCCAUUGCGGUGCUUCCAGAUCCACUUGCGCAACACAGGCGGGGUGGCUUCAACGGCCUACUGUCACCAGCUGAUCAAGUUUUCUGCGACAACAACCAGCCUGGCUGUAGAUUGGAUCCACUAAAGAUGCUCUGUGCUAUGUUUUUCUUCACUACCAAGCCAAUCAACUGAAGAGCAGCUUUGUAUAGCCUGAUGGCUGUGGAGAGAGACAUCUUUGGUAUCUCAGGGCCGACAUAUCUUAAUCCUGUUAAUUGGAACUGCGAGAAUAAUAGGAGAUCUGUGGCUGCAUGUUUAGUUCAGGCUGUGUAUGUUUUGGAGAGAGACCGGCAACUAAACCGUCAAUCUAUUGACGCCGCAGCACCUCCUUGGUGGGAGUUCUUUGGUUUUGAGAUGAUCCGCAAGCUUGUCGAUGAUGUUGACUUGUCUAUAUUCGGUGCAAUAUUUGAAUUCAACCCUCCUUCAAGUAAAGAAGCUUCUGCCCGGGAUGCCCCUAGAUUUGUCAUUGCCUUCAGAGGCACCAUAACUGAGAAGGAAACUAUUUCUAGAGAUCUUUCCCUUGACCUCCAGCUCGUUCAAAAUGGUCUCCAUAAGACCUCAAGAUUUGCAAUUGCGAUGCAAGCUGUUCAAAAUGUAGCCUCAGCUUUCCCUGGAUCCCCAAUUUGGCUAGCUGGUCAUUCACUGGGUGCAGGUACGGCCAUCCUUACUGGCAGAAACAUGGUUAAGAAGGGUGCUCUUUUGGAUAGCUUUCUCUUCAAUCCACCGUUUGUCGCUGCUCCGAUAGAGGGAAUCAGGGAUGAGAGGGUAAAGCAUGGUUUCCGCAUUGCAAGAAGUGUUAUUACCGCGGGACUAACUAUUGCAAUGAAAGCAAAAACCGAGGGGAACAAUCAGAGGUCUGUUGCGGAAGAAUCAUUCAACAUUUUGUCAUCAUGGACGCCAUAUCUGUUUGUUAAUCCAGGAGACCAUGUAUGUUCAGAGUACAUUGGGUACUUCCAGCAUCGUAGGAACAUGGAGGAUCUCGGUGCUGGAUUUAUUGAGAAGCUUGCGACCCAAAACUCAAUCGGAGACCUGUUUUACAAGGCAUUAGGAUGGGAAUCAGAACCGCUGCACCUUCUUCCAUCUGCAGACUUGAUUGUAAACGUGAGCCCUUCACUGGACUUCAAAUAUGCCCAUGGCAUUAGCCAAUGGUGGCAACCGGAUCUGAAUUUGCAAUGCAAUAAAUAUCGGUACUCUUAGGUACGCGAUGGUAAAAUGAAGAUGAAGAUAUCUUUGCAGUAUCAUAUACUCCAGCUGUCCGUUUGAUCUCUCCAUUUGUUCAUAUGAUUCAUUCAGUUUACAUUUAUCAGUUAGUAUACCGUGACAUACUAUUACUUAACACCUAUGUUUAUGAUUGCACUGUCGGCUUGCACAAAAUCUGUUAAUUUCCUGAAGAGAUGUUCAGACAUCAUGCAUCUGUAACCCUGUAUUUUACGUUAUGAUUAUCUUUUGUGAUAUUGAACAAAUAAUCUGUCUA